AGAUUGUUACCAAAGUGACUCGAGUGAUUCCUAGGAGAAAAUGAAACACAAACCUGAACACCAAAAAAAAAAAAAAAAAGAACUAAAACAACCUCUGUAUGACAACAUAAGCAGAUGUUGGUGUAGAAUUUACAAGGACGAGAGGGCUAUAAAGCCUCCCUUGAGCCACUCAUAGUUCAUUUAAAGGCCAAGAACGCCCCCAAAAUCUGUUUCUAAUUUUACAGAAAUCUUUCGAAAUUUGGCACAGUAGUCAAAAGUCCAUGGAAAGGGGGGAAAAAAAAAAGCCUCACGUCCCGACUUCAGCUUCCAACUGGAAGACAGACUUGCUUCUUUUCAACAGUUUUCACAGAUGCAGUGACCCACGCGGUGCAGUGAGAAUCAGCUAACUUUGAAAAACAUCUGGAAAAAUGAAGACAUGGCUGAAAACUGUCUUUGGAGUUGCCACCUUGGCUGCGCUUGCUUUACUGGUGAUAUGCAUUGUCUUACGUCCCUCAAGAGUCCACAACCCUGAAAGAGACACAAGGAGAGCUCUCACUCUGAAGGAUAUUUUAAAUGGAACAUUCUCAUAUAAAACAUUUUUUCCAAACUGGAUUUCAGCACAGGAAUACCUUCAUCAAUCUGCAGAUGAUAACAUAGUGUUUUAUAAUAUUGAAACAAGAGAAUCCUAUGUCAUUUUGAGUAAUAGCACCAUGAAAAGUGUGAAUGCUUCAGAUUACGGUUUGUCACCUGAUCGGCAAUUUGCAUAUCUAGAAAGUGAUUAUUCGAAGCUUUGGCGGUACUCAUACACAGCGACAUACUACAUCUACGACCUUCGGAAUGGGGAAUUUGUAAGAGGAUAUGAGCUUCCUCGCCCAAUUCAGUAUCUAUGCUGGUCGCCUGUUGGAAGUAAAUUAGCCUAUGUCUAUCAAAACAAUAUUUAUUUGAAACAAAGACCAGGAGAUCCACCUUUUCAAAUAACUUACACUGGAAGAGAAAAUAAAAUAUUUAAUGGAAUUCCAGACUGGGUCUAUGAAGAGGAAAUGCUUGCUGCAAAAUAUGCUCUUUGGUGGUCUCCAAAUGGAAAAUUUUUGGCUUAUGCAGAAUUUAAUGAUUCGGACAUACCAAUUAUUGCCUACUCCUAUUACGGUGAUGGACAGUAUCCUAGAACAAUAAACAUUCCAUACCCAAAGGCUGGAGCUAAGAAUCCUGUUGUUCGUGUCUUUAUUGUUGACGCUACCUACCCUCACUAUGUGGGCCCCAUAGAAGUACCAGUUCCAGAAAUGAUAGCCUCGAGUGACUAUUAUUUCAGCUGGCUCACAUGGGUGACCGAUGAACGAAUAUGUUUGCAGUGGCUAAAGAGAGUACAGAAUGUCUCUGUCUUGUCUGUGUGUGAAUUCAGGGAAGACUGGCAUUCAUGGGAUUGUCCAAAGACCUGGGAGCAUAUAGAAGAAAGCAGAACUGGAUGGGCUGGUGGAUUCUUUGUCUCAACACCAGCUUUUAGCCAUGAUGCCAUUUCAUACUACAAAAUAUUUAGCGACAAGGAUGGUUACAAACAUAUUCACUAUAUCAAAGACACUGUGGAAAAUGCUAUUCAAAUUACAAGUGGCAAGUGGGAGGCCAUAUAUAUAUUCAGAGUGACACAGGAUUCACUGUUUUAUUCUAGCAAUGAAUUUGAAGGUUACCCUGGAAGAAGAAACAUCUACAGAAUUAGCAUUGGAAACUCUCCUCCGAGCAAGAAGUGUGUUACUUGCCAUCUAAGGAAAGAAAGGUGCCAAUAUUACACAGCAAGUUUCAGCUACGACGCCAAGUACUAUGCACUCAUCUGCUACGGCCCUGGUCUCCCCAUUUCCACCCUUCACGACGGCCGGACAGACCAAGCAUUAUGGUACAAGAUGAUUCUUCCUCCUCAAUUUGACAGAUCAAAGAAGUACCCUUUGCUAAUCCAAGUGUAUGGUGGUCCCUGCAGCCAGAGUGUCAAGUCUGUAUUUGCUGUUAAUUGGAUAACUUAUCUUGCAAGUAAGGAGGGGAUAGUCGUUGCCUUGGUGGAUGGUCGAGGCACUGCUUUCCAAGGUGACAAAUUCCUGUAUGCGGUGUAUCGAAAGCUGGGUGUGUAUGAAGUUGAGGACCAGAUAGCAGCUGUCAGAAAAUUCAUAGAAAUGGGUUUCAUUGAUGAAAAAAGAAUAGCCAUAUGGGGCUGGUCCUACGGAGGUUAUGUUUCAUCCCUGGCCCUUGCAUCCGGAACGGGUCUUUUCAAAUGUGGAAUAGCAGUGGCUCCAGUCUCCAGCUGGGAAUAUUACGCAUCUAUCUACACAGAGAGAUUCAUGGGCCUCCCAACAAAGGAUGAUAAUCUUGAGCACUAUAAAAAUUCAACUGUGAUGGCAAGAGCAGAAUAUUUCAGAAAUGUAGACUAUCUUCUCAUCCACGGAACAGCAGAUGAUAAUGUGCACUUUCAGAACUCAGCACAGAUUGCUAAAGCUUUGGUUAAUGCACAAGUGGAUUUCCAGGCCAUGUGGUAUUCUGACCAGAACCAUGGCAUCUCAUCUCGUGGCUCCACGAACCACUUAUAUAUCCACAUGACCCACUUCCUCAAACAAUGCUUUUCUUUAUCCGACUGAAUCAACGUGGGUAUUAGCCUAUACCGCAAUCUGACAGCUUCACGUGGACGACUUGGACCGUGAAUAUUGUAAAGGCCGCUGAUAACUACGGAGGGCUCAGAAGUUCAAGCUCAAUAUUGUUUACAUUUUCUUAUACUCUGGGAAAGAAGAGAAAAAGGGAGCCACGCAUCUCACUUUGGACACAAUGUUUUAUCUCUUGUUCACUUUGGGGGAAAUAAAGUCAGAAGCUCAAGUUA